AUGGAAAAGAACGAUCUUUAUUUAGAGAAAUAUUCAGUGGUUGCCAAGACCACCUUAUGGCAGGGCUUUUCGCGUGCCGUUUACAAUCCCCGUGAAAAGACUGUUUUUUUUCGUACCAAACAGAGCUGGUACAAGAUUAUACUCUUCUACCUUUGCUUUUAUGGUUGUCUGGCUGGCUUCUUUGCUAUCUGUCUUGGGGUGUUCCUAACCACUGUUCCACCUUUGGAUGUUGGCCCAAAGUACACCAUGUAUAACUUAAACCCUGGUUUAGUUGCAACGCCUGCGUCUUACUCCAAUGCUGCAGCAUCUGUCAAUUCAAGUCGGUUCCAAAUUGCUAGACUAUUAACUCCUUAUAGAAAUCCAAAAUCGUUUCAAUGUGGUAAUAACACUUGUACCUUCAAUGUUAAUAACUUGGGGGCUUGUGCUUCUUCGCCUGCUUAUGGCUUUUCGCAAGAUACUGCUUGUAUCAUAGUUCAAAUGAAUCUGGUUUGGGGUUGGAUCCCUGAAAUUGCCAAUAAAAAUGGAAAUUAUGUCCCACUUGAUUGUCAGGCAGUCAAAGCGGAAAGCCUCGAUCCUAAGCCAACGGUGACUGUCAUUAAUACCGGAUUCCUCAAACAGUAUUAUCCAUGGACGAGACAGGAGAAUUAUCAAAAACCCCUUGUAGCCGUUCAAUUCAAUAGAAUUAACGAGAAAUAUCAAAUCCAUUGUAAACUAAACGCUACCAAUGUGCAGAUAUCAUCAGCACCAAAUAAGCUAUCUGAAGCUCAAGUUUUUGUUGAAAUUAACUAA